AUGGCACCAUAUUGGGCACGCCAGCAACCAUAUUUUCAGAUGGGCAAGGGAAAAGGCAGCGGCAAGGCGUCCGCCGCGUCCGCACACUUCCACGGCCCAGGAGGAUAUGGACAGGAAGUUCUUGCUACGCCCAUGCCAACUCAAGCCGUAGGCAGCGCUGACGGAUAUACCACCGGGACCAUCCGGCGCCUCUUUGUGGGCAAAGGAUUUGGCUUUAUCUCCCGGGACGAUUUGCCAAGCACUUCCGGACGUGGAGACGUCUUUCUCCAUUUUUCGGAUUUGGAGGCUGGCGUAACAAGUGGUGAUCUUGCAGUGGGCAUGCGUAUGAAGUUUAAAUGGGAGGCCUCUCGUGAUUCGCGCGGACCUGGCGGCCGCGCUCGCAUGGUUUCCUUUGAGGACCACAGCUCCCCAGCAUCUGUGACAACGCCUCCGCGCCGUGCUGCUCGCACGGGCCGUGUGUAUCGCAAGGAUCUUUUCCUGGCUGUGCAGCAGCAGUUGCAAACUGCCGGGGAAUAUGAAGAGCGCAGGCCAUUUGGCACACGCUCACUUCUUGGUCCUUUGCCUUCGAAGAUCGUGUUCCCUUUUACCAUCCAGCUGCCACAGUGGUAUUGGGACGCUGAAGAUGAGCGUGCUUUAGCGGAAGCCAAUGACGCCCAGCGAGUCCAGAUGAUGGAAGCACGUUUGGAUCUUGAGAACGGGGCGGAUCUCAAUAACGGCGAUACCUUUGGCGAAGACUGGGCGCUCCAGUCUUGGAGCUAUCAGGAUGCGGUGGCAGCGAACCAGCGCCUGGCCAGUAGCUCCUAUCACCCGGUGCAGAUGCAAUGGACGCGAGAUGAGGGUUUGGCUCAGUUUUUUCAGCCUUUGGUCCUUCAGUGA